AUGAACGGAGACACGCCCCACCAACCCUUUCAACCCACCCUCAAGCACAGACACAACGGAAAACCCAACGGCUAUGUUAACGGCGUGAAAGCAGGAGACGACGGUGGAGAGAUGAAGAAGAAAGUUAAUGGUGGUGGGUUGUUUCAGAAUGCUUAUUUCAUGAAAUGGAGGGCUGGGGAUGUAUUGGGUGUGGUGAAGUACCACCCUAUACCGUGUGUUUUCGCUGCUUUUUUAUUGUUCUUCAUGGCUGUGGAGUACACCCUCCUCAUGAUCCCUCCUUCUUCCCCACCCUUCGAUCUGGGUUUUGUUGCUACCGUGUCCCUCCAUCGUUUGCUUGCCUCAAGACCUCUUCUCAACAGCCUUCUCGCUGGGCUCAACACGAUCAUAAUUGUAGAUUGA